GACACACAACUCCAGUUAUGACCCGAUGCUGUUUCAACAGAGGACUGAAGAAUUGGCGCGGAAGAGGUCCAGAGUUAGUCGGUACAAACGUGAUACUUACGAAGACACGAUGGUCCGAGAGCCGUACAACGCAGACCGUCGCUCGCGCUACGUGGAGCUGGUCCUAGUAGUAGACCAUGGCGAGUUCCUGGCUAGUGGCGGAGACUUACAACUGGUCCACCGGCAGAUGAAGGACCUGGCUAACAUCAUCAACUCUGUCUACGCUCCAUUGAAUAUCUUCAUAGCGCUCGUAGGCGUAGAGAUCUGGUCGGAAAACGACGAAAUCGUGUUGGAAGAGGAUGGAGACGCGACACUCAACAAGUUCCUGCACUAUCGGAAGACUGUUCUAGUCACUAGGAUACCUAACGACAACGCUCAACUACUAACGGGAGCUCGGUUCGUCAAAAAAGAAGAAACUCACUACGACUACACGAAGCCACAUUUCCGCCAGAACUUCAAAGCGGGUGUCGUCGGCAAAGCGCUCAAGGGGUUCAUGUGUUCAUACAACUACUCUGCUGGAGUCGCUACCAACCACUCAAGGGUUAUAGGACUCGUUGCAAUGACAAUCGCUCACGAGAUGGGACACAACUUCGGAAUGGAACAUGACCAGGAGCCGGACUGCGAAUGUCCAGACAAGAAAUGCAUAAUGAGCCCCUCAAGCACUUCUGUGACGCCGGUGCACUGGUCUUCUUGCAGUCUCAAGUCUCUGGCGUUGUCUUUUGAGAGAGGCAUGGACUAUUGUUUAAGAAACAAACCCAAGCAACUAGCCGAAUCCCCGACCUGCGGCAACGGCUUUCUCGAAGAAGGCGAACAGUGCGACUGCGGUACUGCCCCUGGAGCGUACUCUCCUGAAGAUACUGACCGCAACGCUUGCACUGCCUGCUGCAAACCCGACUGCACUCUACGGGCCAAUGCGACCUGUGGACAUGGCCAGUGCUGUGAUCUCACGACGUGUCGUCCCAAAGCGGCGGGUACAGAAUGCCGCGCCGCCGACCGCGAGUGUGACUUGCCGGAAUACUGCAGCGGCCAUUCUCAAUUCUGUCCUCACGACGUUCACAAGAUGGAUGCCACUCCAUGCGGGAAAAAUCAGGCCUACUGCGUGCGCGGUUCAUGCCGGACACACACAGAUCAGUGCAGGCUUCUGUGGGGCGUCACUGGCUCUUCCUCCGACGACAAAUGUUACAACAACUCCAACAUCAAGGGCGACGACCAUGGAAACUGCGGCUACGAUCGCGUCAACCAGAUAUACCGCCGCUGCGCGCCGCAAGACGUCAUGUGUGGCAUGCUGCAGUGCCGCCAUCUGAACGAACGACUAGAGUUCGGCAUGGAGAAUGCUGCCGUGCUGACUGCUACCUUUAUAAACAACAAUGGUGUAAUAAUCCCGUGUCGUACGGUGAUCAUCGACCUGGGGCUCAGCGACGUGGAUCCUGGUUUGGUACCUGACGGGGCUAAGUGUGGACAUGAUAAGAUGUGUAUGCAGCAGAGGUGUGUGCCGGUGGAACAAGUACGGGCAGCUAUGGCGACGCGCGAGGGAGCUGUGUGUCCUUCAAACUGUUCUGGACAUGGAAUUUGCAACUCCAACGGAAACUGUCACUGCGAGGAGGGCUUUGCGCCGCCGCUGUGUGCGUUGCCCGGUCCUGGGGGUUCUUACGACUCUGGCCCCGCUACUGAUCCUAGUGUCCAAAGAAACUUCAUGGUGGUGAUGUACGUGAUCUUCCUCGGCAUCAUCCCAGGAGUACUCCUGGUUCUAUUCCUGGUGUACUACUCCCGCCACAACGUGCUGCUCUGGUGGAAGAAGCCCCGCAAAUCGGUGCAAUCUCCAAAGAGCAGUCUCCAGCACCGCAUCUCCCGCGGCGCGCACAAGCUCGCCUCCAAUUUCACACAACCGCCCCCACCUCCUCCGGCACCCAGACCUGAUGACAUGAGUUCCAGUCUACUGGAGAAUACCAGCCCUCCUCCAAUCAACCCCACUGUCAACUUCUUCGGGAACUUUAAAGGCUUCUCUCUCACCCCUAUCGAGAAAGAAGAAGAUAAAGAACCGCCCAAAGAACCCGUCAAAAGCGCUAAAAUCACCCCCGUACAUCGAAGCGGGAGCAACAGCAACAACUUAGUCAACCAGGGAGUAUUAAAACCGGUAUUACGUAGCGCGCCGCCUUUACCAGUCGUCCCGACCGGCGCAAAGACUAGUCCGUCGAUAAAAAGAACAAACAGCUCCGUCCAGAGAAUCAAAGCGCUUAUGAACGCGGAGAAGGAGGAUAGUACACCCGUCAUGGCGACCCCGCCGCCUAGACCGGUCAUAUCCAGCCCGAUUCUAGAAGCUUCCACUUGUACAGCGAAAGAGCUCAUAUCCCCUCUAGGUUCCAAGACUCUAGGCCCGGUACGAGCGGCCCCGAAUGUCCCGACCAUUUCCCCAGACCUGCCGAAAAGACCUUUAAGCAUGCAUGCCAGUACGGUCCCACAAAAACCCCUUCCAGAAGAACCUAAGAAGGUUAAGGAAGGUAUAUCUUUAAACAGAAUAGCAUCCUUCUUAAAACACGACAAACCGAAGGAAAAAGAACGCAAUCCGGUGGAAAGAAGCCACUCGCUCCCAAAAAAUCCUAUCCAUCAAAUCAAAGUACCUAAAGCUGUAGACAAAGUUGCAUUAAGGAACUUACAGAUAUCGAACCCUAUAUUGCAGAAGGGAAUAGAACUCCCAGUGGCGACAGUACCAGUUGUGUCAGAUUCUGAAGACGCUGAAGAUCCUAAAGCAUUCGUGAACAGGACCCAAAGUAUGAGAGCGGCGCCGUCCGUGCCUAAAGCGCCUUUACAUACCUUCGGAUCUAUGCGGCAACCCUCAGGAGCCCCCCGACCUAUCUCAGGAGUAGGAAGACCCACUGCACCGCCCCCUCCGGCUCCUAUUGAAGAAACUCCAGUCUAUCAAAACCCUAAGCCAAUUGACUUAAAACAAACAGACUAUGUUGACUGCAUAGAAGAAAAACAGGCACCUCUCGCGCAUAUAGACGAAGAAUCGGGCGAUAAUAUCUACGCUAUCAUUGAAGAAAGCCCUGAGAAACACUCGAAACCUCUCCCCGGAGUACCCCCGCCUAUAAAAACAAUACCCCAAGCACCACCAGCAGGAUAUAACACCCCGAAACCCAUCCCUUCCAAUUCUGGAAGCACAGAGAGCAUGGGUCUUCUAGGAGAAAUAGUAGACGAAAUUCAAAAUAGAAAUUUCGAUUCUAUUUACUCCGCUUCAACUUUAAGAAAAAAGAAAGGCAGGGCGAAGGAAAAUGAAGGUGACAGAGAUAGCACUUACAUGAACACAGCGCCUGAAAGCGUAUACAGUAACUCUGGCGGCAAAAGUGUCGCGUCUACUACUAGUAGUGGAUACUUACACCCCUCAGCUGUUAAUGUACCUACGUUUAUGAACAAAGAUAAAGUAGAAAAUAAGGAAGACAAAGCCCCACCGUCUCCUAAAGCCAACUCAAAAAUACCGCAGUUCUCAAGACAAGUGACUCCCCCUAACUUAAAGACUUUCAAAUCUGUGCCACAGUCACCUAAAGCUACAAAUAAAAUUAAUCAGAAAAUAACUAACAGCCCAGAUGUAGUCUCAAGUUGUGCUGUCGCUGACAAAAGUAUUAAAGCGCCUGAUGUUAUAAAUAACAAUAAAAUGAAUGAUACUCCAAAAGUAGCUGCAAAACCUAGUAUCACAGCUAAACCUAACGACAAUCGGCCGCCCUUGCGGCCAGCACCAACAGUUGAUAAAAAACCAACGGUCAAACCUACUCUAAAACCAGUUACUAAUAUAAAACCUCAACUAAACCGUACAAAUUCCAAAGUAGACUCUAACAUAGCUGCAAUAGCAGACAACAUUAAUAAAAACAAACCUAAAGUUGUCCCGAAACCUACGGGACUACAACGGACUGAUUCUAAUGUGAAACCUAACGCUAGUAAGUUGACUUCUAAACCGUCGAACGUGGCGAGUUUGCAGCAGAAGUUUGAAAAUAGAAAAUCGAUUGGCAAAGAGCCGGUAACUAAGAAAUAGUUUUAAGAAAAUGCUAUAGUUUUGUAUAGCUUUAGAAGGUUUAUUUAAAAGGACGUGAUGAAUUUGCGUGGAUACAGGUACGCGGUGCGCGAAUUAGAAAAAUGUUUUCGUCAUUUUCUUAAACAUCAAUAAUUUUACAGUUAUGUCCAUUGUGUUACGUAAAUGAAUGUUUUAAUUUACAUAAUAUCAAGGAUAAAUAAUAGAUUUCCCUCGAUGAAUUGAAAUAUUUAUCAAAGUGAUACCCUCAUAUUUUAUUAGUGGUUAAUUUAUCUACAAUUGAAUUUUUGUAAAAUUAAGAAUCGAUAUCAGUGCACAAUGGAACCAAACCAUAAGCUGAAGUGUGACUGUAUCUUUGCAAAAAAAUCGUAACGUCUCGAAUGACUAGCAUAUACUUAAGUAAACCAAGUGGCAGCUAAGAAACAAAUACAUCUAGUCUGAUAGCAAGUAGACCGACACUCAGACAAGACAACUCGACAUGAUUUGGUUUCUAGGUACUAAAAUUACAUUUAUAUCUAUUGAUUGACCGAAAUGCUAGCAGGAGGUUACCGUUUGGCCCAGGCAAUUUGAUUUUGUAUGUCCGAAUGUUCUCUAUAGGUUCUGUGACUGGUUCUAUGUUUGAAUUUUUAUUUGUCGAACCAGGGUAAGUGAAAAAAUACACUUUGGGCUAGAUUAUUUAGUUCCAUGUGUAUAAGUAAAUGUUAUUUUGGUAACUGGAAGCUAUAUUUGAGUUCACGUUAGAUUUAACGGAAUAUUUUUGUAAUAUGAACCAUAUUGACAUUAUUUUAAUGUAAUAUAGCCUAUUUAAACUGAGUGUUCAUAUUUUGAUAAUGAAAAAGCAUUUUCAAGAAUAGAUAAUUAUUGAUUAAAAUGUAUAAACGUCUUAAUAUAUUUCGUUUAAGGUUUGUAUGGAUUUUUACUGAUUCCUGACGAUUUUAACGCAUUUUAAAAGGGCAGUAAAUUUCAUACGAAAAUAGGAUAGCUUAAGAGAUCUCUGUAAAUAAUUUAAUUAUAAUUUUGUACAUUUUCUUUCGCGUUUGUGAUUUUUAACAUGAAGUGUCUUAAAGUCGUACAUACAAUAAAUGGUUUAAUUGUAUUUUUAUAAAGACUAUAAGUAACGUUUGUGAGUUAAAGAUAUAAAUAGAUGUGUGUUUGUUAAAAAAGUAUAAAGUGAUAGCAAGAGAUACUUUACAAAAUACUGAUAAUUUUAGUACAAAUUUUAUUUUAUUACCAACUGUAGGUAUCCCAUACAUAUUUUCGAGAAAAUUGAACAUGAUUUUCAUGAUUCUCCUUGUAUAGUAGAUUACUCUUAUGAGAGAUAAUUUCGACCUCAGCAACUGUUUACCUGGGUGGCCGAGCGGAAACAGGCGUCUGUCGCGAUCGCAGAGUACGCUGGUCCGAUUCCAGCCUCAGGCACCAGGCCUGGGUCACUUUUUCAUUCAUAUGUGUAAUUUAUUUCGGUUUUAAUGAUUUUCAUAUGUAAAAUUUUGUAUAGAGAUUAUCAGUCUUUAAUUAAUAGUUUUCUUUGGUGAUAGUGACAUUGUUUCCAUAGCUACUUUCUUAUUUUCAUCAGUCUGGUGCUAAGGCAAUAAAUAGUUUGUUUCUAUACGACAGUUGUCUAUAAUUAACUAUUUUUAAUAUUGGCAUGAUACAUGUAAUGUGUUGUGAGAUUCAAUGUAACUUUAAGAUAGUAACAAUAUGUACUACACCCCGUGUUUAUAGCUUCGAAAUUUUAUAAGCUCAAAAAUAGUGGUAGGUUAACUUUUUUCAUCAUAGUUAAAACUGAAUAGGUAACGGUAACUGUGCGCUGAAUGUCUUUUAAAUAUUAAUGUAUUUACCGCAAUUUUAGAUGGACAGAUUAUUUUAUUUUGUUGCCUGUUUUACUUUUUUUCCAAAUGUCGGAACGUUUAUACUUUUUCCACUCAGAAUCAUGAACUCUUUUAUUCCGCAAUUCCACUGAGUUACAAUUUGUCAUAGAACUUGUAUGGUCAUAACUCAGGGGAAAGUGAACAAUUGUAGGUAUGAACAUUUUGGGACAUUUUUGUCACCUGUCAGGAUCGAAAGAGCUCAAUGAUUCUGAGUAAAAAAAACGUACAAAACAAUCCUAAAAGGAAAAAAUUAUGAAAUCGACUAUAAAAUAAAAAUCCGCCCAGAUAUUCUAUUUUGGAAGAAAGAUAUUCUAUUUGGAAAGUAUCACUACUUUUGAGGUAAUAAAAUGAUUAUAAGAAUACGAAGGAGUAUAAAAAGUAUAAAUAGUUAAAAUUAGCUUUCAUGUAGCCAUGAUAUUCCAAUUCCCACUGCCAGAUUGUUGUGUAUGUACAAAUCAGAUGGUGCUGACGAAAUGUCACAAAAUGGAAAGUAAAUUCUCAUACUUCACAUAAUUUAUAUUUCAUUACAUCGAAAUUAGUACGUGCAAUGUAGUCUAUGUAACGCAACUGGAUACUAAACUAAGAUAUGGGUUUAAAAAAAUGUUACGGUUUUAAUUUUCUACAAUUUAGAUAUUCCAUUGUGUUACAGAAAUAAUUUAAAAUAUCGUUUUAGAAAUCUUAUUUGUAACUUUAGUAACGCAAUGGAAAAUGUAGUAAAAUUAAAGCACGCGUUUUUGAACUUCAGAUUAUUAGAUCAUUAAUACAAAGAUAAAAUAUAUGGAAACAAAAUUAUUCAUGAAUGUGUAUAUAUCUACUUAAAUUAGAAAUUAAUUAUUUUGGCUUUUAUGGCGAUAUCUUAUGAAGACUGAAACCGUCGAAGAAAUUAAAGUGAUGCUUUAGCUGCGUAUAGAUAUUAUUCUAAAUAAGUAUUUACUGAAAUUAAAGGAUAUUGUAGUAAAUUUCACUGAAGAAAUAUUCGCAUUUAUAUAAUUUGGAGUGAUUUAAGGUUAAGACCUGGGGGCCGAUUUUUGAGUCUCACGGCGUUCGAAUUCAGAAAAUUGUCACUGAAAAUAAUAGGCAAUUCACCGUUUUCAACCGGUAUUUUAGUGACAGUGAGACUCAAAAAUCGGCCCCCUGUGAUUGAAAGAUAAAUAUCUAUUUCUAUUAAUAACUUUCGUGUUUAUCAUUUAUGUUUUUGACCUACCUCUAGUGUAAAUUUGACGAAUCGAAAACCUACACUCUGGCAAAAAGUAGAUAUUAAAAAGUGGCAACAAUGUAGUGUCAAUUCUUUCUUCAAAUCAAUGUAUGUGAGAAGAGAAAACAGGACUGCACUACGAUGUUGCCAACUUUAAAUUUUUACUCUUUGCCAUGCUGUAUAAAAAUAAAAAAAUUGAAAAUGUACACUAGAUGCUCAAAUCCCAGUGUUUUUGUGUCACAUACAUAAAUAAUAAAUGUACAGUGAAGCAAAUAAUAAAGAUUAUUUGUUAAUAUAAAAAAAAAGAUUUUUCCAUUUUCGGUAAGCUCGAAAAGUACAUAACUAGUUGUAAAUAGGUAUAACCAAAGAAUAUAUAGGUUCCACAGUUUGGCAGCUAAUGUGUUGGUUAUAUAAUAAAUAAGAUGCAGUGGGGUAAUUUCGCAUCACAGAAAUGCUCGGAUAAUCCUAAGCUGAUAUGCUGGAAAUAAUGGUGACUUUCUAAAUUACCCCGCUGCACCUUACCUAAGCUUAUUUUAUACUCAAGACUGUGAGUUCACAUACCUAUUGUUUAAAAAUCACUAAGUAAGUUCAACCUUAAGCCACUUAGUCAUUUUAGUUAAAGUUACUUAAUAAUGGUCACUUUGUAACCUAAGACCUGUCUUUCUUUGGACCUAAGUGACGCUAAUGUUUUUGAAAAUACACCAAAUUGAAACGUAA